AUGCCUUCUGGUAUAGAUCCCUCCGAAGCCCCCUUCAGCAUCAAGUAUCCCCCAAGGGCCGAUCUUCGUAAAGAUGUUCAGAGGUCGUUACCAAAAAUCCCCCCUGGGACUAUUGACCAGGAUUCAAUGGUUGGAGACAAGGUCGCCACUCAGGCCGAGGCAGUCUUGGAUGCUUUUAAUUCAGCCCUUGCUUCUAACGAUGUCGAUACCUUAGCUGGCACGUUCUAUGCCGAGCAGGCGUUCUGGAGGGAUUUCGCUGCUCUCACUAGCCAUUGGCGCACCUUCUCGACACCGGGCGUUGCUGCUGCAGCUUUCAUGAAAAUGAAGACUGCGCGACAGCUUGAGGGUAUGAUUGAACUUGCUGGCAAUCCUCGUCUGGUUGUUGCCAGUCCCGUAUUGAUGUUCAUUGACUGCUCGGUAUCAUUCCAAACUAGGUCACCCGCAAUAGGCUGCGAGGGCAGAAUGUUGCUCCUCCCUGUAAAAUCCGACGAGGGAAAUGGCCCAGUCUGUUGGAAAAUCUGGUUCCUAUCUACAUGGAUAGAAUCAUUGAUCCAGCAUCCAGAGGACGAGAAACGGCUUUUGGUGCCUGCCAGACAGCUCAACGAGCUUGAAACCAUUGACACCGCAGUCUUCAUUCUUGGGGCUGGUACUGCGGGUCUGAUGGCUGCUGCGCGGCUAAAGGCGCUUGGUGUCGACACCAUUCUAGCCGACCGUAACGCUCGAAUUGGAGAUAACUGGGCUAAACGCUACGAUAGCGUCAAAAUCCAUGUGCCAACUUCGAAUUGCGAGAUGCCAUACUUACCCUAUCCGAAAGAGCUACAGACCCCUCACAGCCUCACGAAGGAUGAGAUCGCAGAGCACUUGAUACAAUAUGUCAAAGAGUUGCAUCUCAAUGUAUUACUGUCUACAACAGUGCAAUCUACCAUUUUCGAUCAAUCCGAGAAGAAAUGGACCAUCGUCCUAAAGGUCGCAGAUGGGUCGAGGAAGACUGUCACGUCAAAGCAUUUUAUCCAAGCAACUGGGUUCGGCUGUGGAAAGCCAUAUAUCCCACCAAUUCCAGGUAAAGAUGUCUACAAAGGAGCUGUUGUCCACUCGUCGCAGUAUCGCAACCCACAAAUAUUAGCGAAGAAUGGAGCCAAGUCAGUCGUCGUAGUCGGCUCAGCCAAUACGGCAUUUGACGUGAUUCAAGAUUGCCAUGCACAGGGCCUUCAAACCACCAUGGUGGCUCGGUCACCAACCUAUGUUCUCCCGCACAGUUACGUGAUGGGCCCCCGUGGUCUUGGGGUCUACGAUCUCAUGCCCCUUGACGCAGCUGAUAAGCUCGCAAACACUACACCUCAGGCCCUAGCUGGCCGGAUCAUACAUGGCGCGUUUUCUCAUCUCGCGUCGCUGGAGCCGAACCGCUAUCUAGCUCUCAGUCGGGCCGGCUUUCCCGUCCUUGACAGCAGAAACCCCGCAACGGAUCUACAGCAUCACUUACUCGAGCGAGGUGGCGGCCAUUACGUCGACAUUGGCGCUACAGAGCUCAUUUCACAUGGAAAGGUGUCAGUGAAGGGCUCUGUCGAGCCAACUUCAUACACCGAAACUGGGCUGAAGUUUUCCGACGGGAGUAGCAUCACCGCGGACGCAGUGAUCUGGUGCACCGGGUUCACCGACUUCCAAACAGCAGCAGUUGACUCUCUUGGGGGAGCCAAUUCCGAAUAUAAUGGCCGCAAAGAUGUCCUUACACCGGAAGAUAUCGUGGCGCGAAUGGAUGCUUGCUGGGGUGUAGAUAUCGAAGGAGAGACUCGCGGAAUGGGCAAACGUCACUUACGCUUGGAAAACUAUUGGACUAUUGGCGGUGGCCUCCAACACCAACGAUGGCAAGCGCGAAACGUGGCCAAGCAGAUCAAACUGGAAUUGGAAGGCUUAUUGCCACCUGCGUAUCGUGAAACACCUAAGGCGAACUAG